UGACUCCACCGCAGCCCUUUUCUCACUCCUUCGAAAACUUAAUCCAAGAUUAAAAGAAAAAAAAAAAAGCGAAACCCUAAAAAAGGUUUUGAUUAUUAAAGAGAUGAUAGUAAAAGAAAGUGUCAAUUUGUUCUUAUUCUCUGUUGUUACCUUCUAAUCCUACGGGCCCUGUUACUUCUUUUUUUCUUUCUUGAAUCUUUGAGUUAGUCUUUGUCAACGGGCCCUUGCCGGCUUCAUUUUGUCAAUAGUGAAAGCAAUUAAUGCUAUUCCAAAUUCCAAGCUUUCUCCAAUUCAUUCCCCCUCCUCCUCAUACAAAAACUGAAGAAGGGUUGUCUCAUAUAUUAUAGAGAGAGACCGAGAGAUACAGAGAGGAUAUACUUGAUUACACUCAAAAGGGGGAGAUGCAAGGAUUGGUGUAUGCUGCAGUGGAGACAUUGUCCGCUGCUGUUGUUAUAAUGAUCUUGAUUGUGUUCAUCUGGAGAUAUUGUUGUCACAGAAAAGUUACUGUCAUUACAGAGAAGACGAAAGUGGAGAGCGUCCGAUCAGGGAUUGGAAAGCUUCCCAUGACAAAUGAGUCCCAGGAUCGGGAUAGCUUCGCUGGUUUUCAUCAUCAAGAUACCCAGAAUAGGGUGAGCUACAGUGUGUUUCGUCGUGGGAUUCCGCCAAAUGCUUCGUUCAAUUGGGCUGAUCAUCCUUGGCUUGUUUCGGAGGCAGUAGAGUAUGGUUGGUCUAGAUUUGGCUUCACAGCCGAGACUCCAUCUCCUUCUACUCGAUCGAAUCUUUUGGGUUUAUGCUCUGCUGCGGAUCAGGGACGAGAUACAACAGUGGAUAUAAACUGGGAGGUGUGCGCAGAGUCUGUCGAUUUCAUGCAGAAGAUUAGAUUCAAUCCUGAAUCGAUGAAAAUCGAUAUGGGUACCGCUCCUUCCUGUGCUUCAUCUUCAUGCGUUAUUGUCAAAUCUUCUCUGCCCUUGCCAGGACCUCCUCUCGAGAAUAGCUCCUUCCCUCAAGAAGCUUAUUUCGAGAUCACCAUUAAAUCUUGUCCUAACGAUGAAGUUGAAUCUGUCAUCAGCGCCAAGAGAAGCCCAGGUUCCGGCGAGCUCACGAAACUCAUUCCGCAGAAAUCUAAUGUGAGUGUACAGUCGGACUCAUUAAUCCAUUUUAAAGAAAUCAAUGGCAGUGGAAGAACCCAAGAAUUGAAGCUUCGGAUCAAUGAAGAAGGAGGUCAGAACGAGAUGACGGUGUUCUCAGUUGGGUUCAGCGUAGGUGGGUCUCUUCCACGGCAAAUCCCUGGAAGCUAUGCUGGGUCCAUUGGAUUCAACUCCAAUGGUUCUCUUUUCCUUGAUGGCAUGAAGCUGGUCUCUGAGGCUGAAAAGACAGAAUGGGACAGCAGAGACAAGGUAAUUGGUUGUGGUUUUGAUCCAUCUCAAAAGAAGGUGUUCUUCACUGUGGAUUCAGAACUGGUUCAUGUAAUCAAUUGCAAAUCGGAUGAAUUCAAUUUCCCACUCUACCCGACUCUAGCUGCGAAUGUUUGACAUUACAGUAUUAGUAACUUUUGGACAGAGUGCUUUCAAGUAUUUGCCUGCAAAUGCGCAGAGGACUCCAAACCCAUGUUUCAUUGCCUCUCCUGAAAAAGGUUCUGCAUCUGGCUAUGAAGACAGCCGAGAUCUCUUCUCCAUGGCAAUUCUUGACCCUCAAUGGCAUAAUCCAUAUACCUCCAAGAACGACUACAAAGGUGAAAACAUGUCACCAGAUCGUAAAUGGGGAACCAACAUGUCCCCAGAUCGGAAAGGGGAAACUGAGCUAUUCGAAAUAGCCGUUGCAGGUCCAGUAGAUCAGAAAGCAAAGCGAUAAGCAAUGCCGGAACAUGACACACUUUUAAUAAGUUUCUGAUCGAAUUCUAGACCAGACAUCAGAUUCUGCUACACCAAGUGAAGCAGAUGAUGAAUUGUUGCAAAUGCUUUGAUAUAUUGGCAUGGAAGAGUAUCAAUAAUAUUUGGCUCAAUCGUGUCGGGCAAGCUUUUUGUUAGUUUUGAGGAUUUAAAAGUUCUAAGGGAAGAUGAACUUAGUCUUCCUCUCGAGGUCAAGUUCUGCAAAGUCAGUUUGAGACUGGCUUCUUGUUAUUAAAGUUGUUUGAGGAAUGCCGGCUGAUUUUUUUUUAGUCCUAAUUUAUGUUUCAAUUUUCAACUCCUUGUAUAUAAUUUAGAUUUUUUUUAAAAUGCAGAUG